AUGUGGUCUCUACCACAAGAGUGGGAUAGACUUGUCCUUACUCUGGCUACGCGACUAACGCCCGGGCGACUUCGACUGAGCGUAGUCUGUGACACGCUUGACCACGCCGCGGCCCAACGGGUUCUCCUACCGCUGUCGAGCUUGCCGCUCCUCAAGAGUUGCGCUAUCCGUCUCGGCCAGCGGCCCGACCACAGCCUGCGCCGCCUCGCCCAAACCACUGUUCACCAGGCUAUGGGCCAAGACCAGCCACCCCAAGGUCCUUUCCCCUGGGAUCGCCUCCCCGAUGAGCUCCAGCUGCAGAUUCUACGCCAUUCGGGCCUUCUCGCGCCGACAGUUAUUGAAUGGGAGGAGGGGAAGGGCACCCCCCGGCCAUCCUGCUGCCAGCAGUGCACCGCAACCUUAGAGGCGUGCUGCUGCCCUCCGCUCCACGCGGCGUUCACAUCUGGCCAGUGUACAUGUUGGCAGUGGCCUCGAGACCACUUCCUGGUCAGUCAAGGCUUUCGGUCUCAGGCCCUCCAGAUCUUCUACCGCUCCAACACAUUCUCCGUCCAGACGCUUGAAGCCCACUGGACGGAGAAUAUCCCGCCUUACCUUGAACAUCGCUCAGCCCUAGUCUUCCUUCGGUCGGUCCCGCGUGACGCCUUACCGCAUAUCCGUUCCCUUCGAGUCAUCUUUCCCACCUCCUGUGAUGACGACCUUGGUCCCGGCACGCCGUCACUCGCCAACUGGACCGACACUCUCCGAUUCAUCGAGAGACACCUACCACUUGCUCACCUGAGCCUCACCCUCUGUACCGCCACCGCCCGCCACGAUGAUGGUUAUAAUACAGGCUCUGAGGACAAGGAGUUAGCCUUCUACCGGCGGAUGAUUCAGCCGGUAGCUAUCCUACGGGGGAUUCAAAAUCUUUUCAUUGUCUUCCCGCCGACUGGGGACGCCCCUCGGGAAGCGCGAAACCGUCUCCGCGAGAGAGAACUCCAGACCCAAAUACUAGGCCAGACUUCUUCUGUCGGCGCCCCAAGAAAGCUCCAAGAAGGGCAAGGCCACCCAGAAAGGGAGCUAAGAGAGGAGUGGGACCCACUUACAUUUGGGCCGACUGGCGACCGGAUCUGGCCUCCAUGGUAG